AUGGAAAGACCUUCGAAAAGGCCCCGCCUAUCCCCGGAACUUGAUCAUACGGAGAAGGGAGUGUUAGAAGAGCAGGAUGAGGAGAUAGAGGAGGAGUGGGACCUCCAGGCCGCGCGCGCCCAUAAUGACAUGCGACUCAAAUCGAUAUUCGAGGGAAUUUUCUCAAAGUACGGAAAGGACUUUACGGACAUUGCUGACGAGAUUGAUCUACAAACUGGGAAGAUUGUGGUCGACAAUGGCCACCUAUCGGGGAUGCGCCAGGAGGAUGACGCCGGGGAAGCAAGUGAGGCGUGGCUACACGAAGCUGCCUUGUCAGAUGGGGAAACAGAUGACGAUAGAGAAGGAACUGGUCUACCAGAGAAAUUACCAGAGAUCUCUGUUGAGGGUGAAACAGAACUGGUCAAGUCGCCAUUGAACAACGCAUUGGUGGACACGGGUCUCGACUCCAAGAUGACCAUCAAAAAGCCUGUUAUCAACUUGGCAAACGUCCCAGACCCUUUUUACCAAGAUACUGGACCAGUAGACCCUGCUUGGCAGGCGCCGGCCUUGCCAACUCAAUUUACUACGCCUUCGGCCGAAACAAGAUACAAGAACGUUUCCCCAAGGUUGCCUGGCUUCAGAAGAGACCCAUCUCCACCUGGUUCUGGAUCGUUAUGGAGCAUAAAUCAGCCAGCACGACGCCCCCGUACAGAAGGCAAGCCACGAGCCACACCGAGCAAACGCCGGCCCCGGGCGAAGCGGAAGUACCAUUCCAGCCCUAUGGUGCACGACUGGUCAUUUGCAGCCACACCAGAUGGAGAUGAAUCAGACGACCCGCUUCAAGAAUUUGAACCUUCGCCUUCAGCAAAAAGGGGCAAGACACAAAACCUACGUGGAAAAUAUAUGCAGCCACCGGAUUAUACAGACUCGCCUCUAUCUCGCCAACCAUUGCCCGAUACACUAGUUCCGCGUGAUGAUGACCAAUCGGCUAAUGAAGCUGAAGUUAAUCUUGAUGAAAGCCACACGAGUGGGAAUGAUACGCAGAACCAUGUGGCAUUUGACGAGACGCCUAAUCUACAACAAUGUGAUUCAUAUGCCACCCCCCACUCCCACGUUGCCGAUACCACGUCCUCGGAUAACACACCCACCAAAUCACCCCGAGGCUUGGAACCUGACGAAGCCAAGCUCAUCGUUCGCAUGAGACAUAUGCAAAAGAAAAAUGGAAGGAAAUUCAUGAUUGUGUACCUGGCCGUACAAGGGCUGGUAUUUAUCAAUGGAAUAUACAUCAUUGGACCGCCCGUCGAGAGUGUCCACCACCACUAUCGGCUCCCUGGAGCAAAUGAGACAGGUUUAUCUUGGCUUGAUAUUACAGACAAAUUUCCUCAUCGCACUAAAGCUGAGAUUGAAUUUGAAUUGCUGCGACUCUGGGUGGGAGAUGAAGUCUGGUUAGGCGAAGGAUACCGUGCACCUGAGCAGUCAAUUCAACAAGAUGAGGAAUAUGAUGACGAGCAAUCAGAUGUGCCGGAAGAAAUUGCUGCGCCUGAUGAAGGCCCAUCGCCAGAAAGCCCCGGAGAUGACGAUUCGUUCAUUUUUGCCAGAAAGAAACCUCAGGAACCUCAGGAACCCAUCCGUGUGUUUGAGGAUCUCGUUGAUGAGAGUGAUGAAGAAGAUGAUGAUCCACUCGCUUCCUCGCCAUCCAAAUUGUCUGCCAUCUAUAUUGAUAGCCCGUCUGUCAGUCGACAGGGAUCUAGAACCCCCAGAAAAUCUCCAGCUAAGCGCUUUAGCUUCAUAAUAUAA